UUCCCUACCCUCGCCCUCUUGAUGCCCCGCGGCCCCGCCCGCCCUCUUAAUCCUGGCUCAGCCCUCAGGGCCCGCCCGAAGUCUACCGAGCCCGAGUGGCCCCGCAGCGCCCUGGAGGCGCCUGCUCCGCUGUGGCGCUCUCGGAGGUGGUGUCGGAGAGCCGCCGAGCGUGCGGGCCCGGGAUGGCUCUACCCCCGCCAGGUGAGGCCGCGACUCAGGACAAGGUGUGCUACCCGCCGGAGAGCAGCCCGCAGAACCUGGCCGCGUACUACACGCCUUUCCCGGCCUAUGGACACUACAGAAAUAGCCUGGCCACCGUGGAGGAAGACUUCCAACCUUUCCGGCAGCUGGAGGCCGCCGCGUCUGCUGUCCCCCCCAUUCCCCCCUUCGCCUUCCGGAUGGCUCCUACCUUGCUGAGCCCGGGUCUGGGCCUACAGAGGGAGUCUCUCUACGAUCUACCCUGGUACAGCAAGUUGCCACCGUGGUACCCAAUUCCCCACGUCCCCAGGGAAGUGCCGCCCUUCCUGAGCAGCAGCCACGAGUACACGGCUGCCAGCGGUGAAGAUCUGGGCCACCAAAUCGUUGGUGGCGACAACGAGAGUGGCCCGUGUUGUGGACCUGACACUUUAAUUCCACCGCCCCCUGUGGAUGCUUCUCUGUUACCUGAGGGGCUUAGGACCUCCCAGUUAUUACCUUGCUCACCCAGCGAGCAGUCAGAGAAUGGUCCCAAACCCUCCAACCAAGAAGGGAAGUCCCCUGCUCGGUUCCAGUUCACGGAGCAGGACCUGCACUUCGUUCUGUACGGGGUCACUCCCAGCCUGGAUCACCCAGCCAGCCUGCACCAUGCGAUUUCAGGCCUCCUGGUCCCCACAGACAGCUCUGGGUCUGAUUCUCUUCCUCAAACUGUGGAUAAAGACUCCCUUCAACUUCCAGAAGGUCUAUGCCUCAUGCAGACUGUGUUUGGUGAAGUCCCACAUUUUGGUGUGUUCUGCAGUAGUUUUAUUGCCAAAGGAGUCAGGUUUGGGCCUUUUCAAGGUAAAGUGGUCAACGCCAGUGAAGUGAAGACCUAUGGAGACAAUUCUGUGAUGUGGGAGAUAUUUGAAGAUGGUCAUUUAAGCCACUUUAUAGAUGGAAAAGGAGGUACGGGGAAUUGGAUGUCCUAUGUCAACUGUGCCCGCUUCCCCAAGGAGCAGAACCUAGUUGCCGUGCAGUGUCAAGGGCAUAUAUUUUAUGAGAGCUGCAAAGAGAUCCAUCAGAACCAAGAGCUCCUUGUGUGGUAUGGAGACUGCUAUGAGAAAUUUCUGGACAUUCCUGUGAGCCUUCAGGUCACAGAGCCGGGGAAGCAGCCAUCUGGGCCCUCUGAAGAGUCUGCAGAAGGCUACAGAUGUGAAAGAUGUGGGAAGGUAUUUACCUACAAAUAUUACAGAGAUAAGCACCUCAAGUACACCCCCUGUGUGGACAAGGGCGAUAGGAAAUUUCCCUGUUCUCUCUGCAAACGGUCCUUUGAGAAGCGGGACAGGCUUCGGAUCCACAUUCUUCAUGUUCAUGAGAAGCACCGGCCUCACAAGUGUUCUACAUGUGGGAAAUGUUUCUCUCAGUCUUCCAGCCUUAACAAACACAUGCGAGUCCACUCUGGAGACAGACCAUACCAGUGUGUGUAUUGUACUAAGAGGUUCACUGCCUCCAGCAUACUCCGCACACACAUCAGGCAGCACUCCGGGGAGAAGCCCUUCAAAUGCAAGUACUGUGGUAAAUCUUUUGCAUCCCAUGCUGCCCAUGACAGCCAUGUCCGGCGUUCACACAAGGAGGAUGAAGGCUGCUCAUGCAGCAUCUGUGGGAAAAUCUUCUCAGAUCAAGAAACAUUCUACUCCCACAUGAAGUUUCAUGAAGACUACUAGCCCUGCCAGGCACAAUGACUCAUGCCUGUAAUCCCAGCACUUUGGGAGGCCGAGGCAGGUGGAUCACUCAAGUCCAGGAGUUCGAGACCAGCCUGGGCAACAUGGUGAAACCCCAUCUCUACCAAAAAAAUACAAAAAUCAGCCGGGGGUGGUGGCACAUGCCUGUGAUCCCAGCUACUCAGGAGGUUGAGGUGGGAGGAUGGUUUGGGCACAGGAGACAGAGGUUGCUGUGAGCUGAGAUCACCCCACUACUUUUCAGCCUAGGUGACAGAACCAGGCCCUGACUCAAAAAAAACAAAAACAAACAAACAAAAAACCCCAAAAACGACUAGCCCUCAGAGUGUGGAGACAAUGUAAAAACAAGGGAUUCAGAUUCUAUUUCCUUUUAUGGGUUAUAGAAGUCCCUGCAUUUGGCCGGGUGGCUCACGCCU